AUGUGGGAGCACCACUAUGAUGACGCCUGGGUGCCAGAGUUACAGAAAAAUUGCUCAGAGAUCUAUACAUCUGGGUUGACAUCUCCAGGAGUGUAUAACAUCCAAACAGAUGGCGCCACUACAACCUUCCUUGCUUACUGUAAGGAGGGCUGGACAGUCAUUCAGAGAAAUUUGGGAGAUGCCGAUUUCAAUAGAAGUGACGCUGAAUAUUGGAAAGGAUAUAAAGAGGGAUUUGGAUGUCUUACAAAAAGUUUCUGGCUGGGAAAUGACGCAAUCUAUCGCCUUACUAAACAGUCCACUUAUAGCUUGCGUAUAGAAAUGAUGGGCACCGGUGAAUCGAACUCGUAUUUUUGGGCUCAGCACAGUUCCUUCAGAAUUGACGACGAAGCUCGUAACUACAGCUUACAACUCGAUGGGGAUUUUUCUGGAAACGUUAUUGAUUUACUGACUAACAUCUACCAAAAUAAACCUGAGUGGACAGCGAACAGGAUGGCAUUCAGCACAUUUGAUCGUGACAACGAUAAGUGGCCUGACGGUAACUGCGCAACUGGCUUCAAUGCUGUUUUGUAUAAAAAGAGGUGGACAAGAAACAGUCGAAAGGGUUAUCUCGAGUUGCCGUACUAUGUUGUCAAACCAAUGCUAUGCCAGUCCUUUAACUGGAUACAAGUUGGUGUGGAGAAAUUCCUUUGUGAACUGAUCAGCGAAGACCCAGAGAGAUGUGGGAGCACCACUAUGAUGACGCCUGGGUGCCAGAGUUACAGAAAAGUAGCUUUCAAAGUGAACGUAUCGGGAAAAGGGGCGUUUCGCGAUUGCUCAGAGAUCUAUACAUCUGGGCUGACAUCUCCAGGAGUGUUUAACAUCCAAACAGAUGGCGCCACUACAACCUUCCCUGCUUACUGUAAGGACGGCUGGACAGUCAUUCAGAGAAAUUUAGGAGAUGAAGAUUUCAAAAGAGAUUGGAAAGGAUACAAAGAGGGAUUUGGAUGUCUUACAAGAAGUUUCUGGCUGGGAAAUGACGCAAUCUAUCGCCUUACUAAACAGUCCACUUAUAGCUUGCGUAUAGAAAUGAUGGGCAACUGUGAAAAUAACACGUAUUAUUGGGCUCAGUACAGUUCCUUCAGAAUUGACGACGAAGCUCGUAACUACAGAUUACAAAUUGAUGGAGAUUUUUCAGGAAACGUCAUUGAUUUACUGACUUACAGCUCCAAAAAUCCACUCGAGUGGACAGCGAACAGGAUGGCAUUCACCACGUUCGAUCGUGACAACGAUGAGAAUCCUGGUGGUAACUGUGCAGUUGAUUUUAGUUGUGGUUGGUGGAUGAAUUGUGAAAAUAACUCGUAUUACUGGGCUCAGUACAGUUCCUUCAGAAUUGUCGACGAAACUCGUAACUUCAGAUUACAAAUUGAUGGAGAUUUUUCAGGAAAGGUCAUUGAUUUACUGACUUACAGCUCCGAAAAUCCAUCCGAGUGGACAGCGAACAGGAUGGCAUUCACCAUGUUCGAUCGUGACAACAAUGAGAAUCCUGAUGGUAACUGUUGA